GUUCCCACAGCCGCCGAUCAGAGCUUCUGCCAUGGCGCUGGCCAGGGGGGGACCCUGGGCCCCCAGUUCCCUGCUCUUUCUCCUGCUGUUGCUCCUCUGUGCAUCUGCCUUCGCCCUGCUGGCUGGAACGGAACCUCCAGAGAACCCCAGUGCCUGUGCCUCAGCCCUGUGCCCCACGGGUUCUCAGUGCCAGGCUACCGAGGAUGGUGGCUACACCUGUUCGCCCCCUGAGCCCCAAGGCUGUGCCAGCCAGCCAUGCCACCAUGGUGCUCUGUGUGUGCCUGAAGCUUCGGACCCCACCGACUUCCGCUGCUAUUGUGUCCCGGGGUUCCAGGGUCCCCGCUGUGAGCUGGACAUCGAUGAAUGUGCAUCUCGGCCCUGUCGUCACGGGGCUACCUGUCGCAACCUGGCCGACCACUUCGAAUGCCAUUGCCCCCUGGGAUAUGAGGGAGUGACCUGCGAGGAGGAGGUGGACGAGUGUGCCUCUUUGCCUUGCCUGCAUGGGGGCUCCUGUCUGGACGGUGUGGGCUCCUACCGCUGCGUGUGUGCCCCUGGCUAUGGGGGCUCCAGCUGCCAGCUGGACAUCGACGAAUGCCAGAGCCAGCCGUGCGAGCAUGGGGGCCUGUGCCAUGACCUGGUCAACGGGUUCCGAUGCGACUGCACAGACACGGGCUACGAGGGUGCACGCUGUGAACUCGAGGUACUGGAGUGCGCCUCUGCGCCCUGCAAGCACAACAGCUCUUGCAUUGAGGGCCUGGGGAGCUUCCGCUGCCUCUGCUGGCCAGGCUACAGCGGGCAGCAGUGUGAAGUGGAUGAAGAUGAGUGUGCCACAAACCCCUGCCAGCAUGGGGGCGAGUGUUUGCAGCGAUCAGACCCAGCUCUCUAUGGCGGCACCCAGGCUGUCUUCCCAGGAACUUUCAGCUUCCGACAUGCUGCUGGCUUCCGGUGCCAGUGCCCUUCUGGUUUCGAGGGGGACGACUGUGGCGUGGACGUGGAUGAGUGUGCUUCUCAGCCGUGUCACAAUGGAGGCAGCUGCCAGGACCUGCCCAAUGGCUUCCAGUGCGACUGUCCAGAGGGCUACACAGGUCUGACAUGUCAGGACGACGUGGAUGACUGCCUGUCGGGGCCCUGUCUCCACGGCGGCACUUGCAAGGACGCUGUCGCCGGCUACCACUGCUGGUGCCCAGAGGACUGGGGCGGACAAAACUGCUCAGUGCAGCUCACCGGCUGCCAGGGCCAGCCUUGCCCACCAGCGACCACCUGCACCCCCACCUUUGAGUCAGAGGUUCACGGCUACACCUGCCACUGCCUGCCCGGCACCCACGGACCUUCGUGUGGUCAAAACACCACCUUUUCCGUUGUGGCCGGGAAGCCCUUGCAGGCAUCGGUGCCCGCUGGAGGACUCCUGGAUCUGGCGCUGAGGUUUCGAACCACUCUACCUGCCGGACCCUUGGCCAGGAGAGCAGAUGCUCAGGAGAUCUUGGAGCUGGCUCUGGUCGGCACAGUACUGCAGGCCACUCUCCAGAGACUCGGCAGUGCUGUGCUAGUACUGCAGCUGCCAGACCUGCCUCUUAGCGAUGGCCACUGGCACCAUGCAGAAGUGACGCUUCGCCUUGGAGUCCUGGAGCUGCGACUCUGGCACAAGGACUGCCUGCCACGGCUCUGUGUCACUUCUGGCCCCGUGGCCCCAAGCCCUGCAGCCUCCACAGUUCCUGCGCCCAUCGGGGUGACCUCUGUCCAGCUGGGUGGCUCAGACUUUGCUGGCUGCCUCCAGGACGUGCACGUGGACGGGCACCUCCUGCUGCCCGAGGACCUCGAUGGGACGGUGCUCCAGGGUUGUGAUCGCCACGAGCAGUGCCAGCCUGCCCCGUGUGCCCACGGAGGGGCCUGUGAGGAUCUGUGGACUCACUUUCGGUGCUCCUGCCCACGGCCCUAUCUUGGUCCCACAUGCACUGAUGAGCUUCCUGCGGCCACUUUUGGCCUGGGGGACACCUCGAGUGUGGUCACAUUCCUGGUCCCCCAGCUUCCGAGCCCCAACCUCACCAUAUCCUUCUUCCUGCGCACCCGGGCUCACGAUGGCCUGCUGCUCCAGUUUCCCAAUGCCAACCAGUCGGACUCGGGGUUUCCCGCGCUCACGAUAUUCCUGCGAGAGGGUCGAAUCUGGGCCCAGGGUCCUGGGACUUCCAGAGAGAUACCAGGGCGCUGGAAUGAUGGGCUCCGCCACCUGGUGACGCUUGACUUCUCCUCUGACCAGCUGCAGGGCUGGGGGCAGGAGAUGCACGUGGGGGGCCGGCUGCUUGUGGCUGAUGCCCAGCCCUGGGGGGGCUACUUUAGGGGUUGCCUCCAGGACCUGCGGCUGAACAGUCUCCACCUCCCCUUUGCUCCGUGGCCACCAGGGAACUCGAGCCAGCCUGGUGAGCUACGCAGCAGGCAGGCCUGGAACCUUACUGUAGGCUGCGUCUCGGAAGAUACCUGUAGGCCUGACCCCUGUCUCAAUGGCGGGACCUGCCUUAUCACCUGGAACGACUUCCACUGCAUCUGCCCAGCCAACUUCACAGGGCCCACGUGUGCUCGGCCACUGUGGUGUCCCAGCCAGCCCUGCCUCCCACCUGCCACCUGUGAGGAGGUCCCAGAUGGCUUUGUCUGUGUGGCCGAGACCACCUUCCACGAGGGUCCCCCAGCCAAGUUCAGUGGACACAACGCGUCAUCACGGCUGGACAGCCUCUCACUGGCCUUUCGCACAAGGGACCUUGAGGCUGGGCUGCUGCUCGCUGCCCAGGGUUUCCAUGCCAUCUGGCUGAGCGUUCGUAACGGCUCCCUGGAGGCCGGGGUUCUAGGCCCGGGCCUGCCUGGUGCGCUUCUGCCGGUGCCCAGGCCAAGGGUGGCCGAUGGUGCCUGGCACCGCGUGCGCUUGGCCCAGGAGCACCCGGGGGCUGCCGCGUCGCGCUGGCUACUGUGGCUGGACAACAUGGUCACCCCGGUGCCACUGCGUGGACUGGCAGGGGACCUGGACUUCUUGCGUGGCCCGGACGCGGCUUGUGUGAGGCUGGCAGAGAACUUCACAGGCUGCCUGGGCCGGGUGGCCCUCGGUGGCUUCCCACUGCCCCUGGUGGCCCCAAGGCCUGGUACGGCCCUGGGUGUCCGUGCACCCUUCUCGGCCUGGCCAGGCGCGCCCACUCCGAGGCUCGGCUGCAAGGGCGCACCAGUGUGCCAACCUUCGCCCUGCCUGCAUGGGGCCACAUGUCUCGACCUCUUCGACGACCUGGCCUGCGCCUGCCGCCCGGGUUGGGAAGGGCCACGCUGCGAGGUGCCCGUCGACCCGUGUCGUUCCGGCCCCUGCGUCCAUGGCCGCUGCCACGUGCGCCCCGAUGGCCACUUCGAGUGUCGCUGUGCUCCUGGCUUUGUGGGCCGGCAUUGCAGGUUCCCCGUCCUGCCCGAUUGUACCUUCAACUCCACCUGCUCAGAGGGUGCCCCUUGUGAGGAUGUGUCCGAGGGGGUCAACUGCACCUGCCCGGAGGGUUUCGGAGGACCAAGGUGCUCGCUGCCCUGUGAUACCAGGCCCUGCCUGAACGGGGGCACUUGCCGGGUGGUGGAUGGGGUGUACGAGUGCCUCUGCAGUGCCAGGUUCUCUGGCCGGUUCUGCGAAGUGGUGAAGGGCCUGCCGCUGCCGUUCCCGCUGCUGGAGGUGGUUGUGCCUGCUGCCUGCGCCUGCCUCCUCCUCCUCCUCCUCAGCCUCCUGUCGGGGAUCAUGGCUGCCCGAAAGCGCCGCCAGUCCGAGGGCACCUACAGCCCGAGCCAGCAGGAGGUGGCCGGGGCAAGGCUGGAGAUGGACAGUGUCCUCAAGGUGCCCCCCGAGGAGAGACUUAUCUAGACCCACCUGAAGAGGCCGAACACACCCUCCCUGCCCAAGGGAGCAGCUGUAGAUCCUGGCUCCC